AGCAGGCGCGGCGGCGGCGCUGGUGGCGAGGAUGUCGCAGCCGCCGCUGCUCCCCGCCUCGGCGGAGACUCGGAAGUUCACCCGGGCGCUGAGUAAGCCGGGCACGGCGGCCGAGCUGCGGCAGAGCGUGUCGGAGGUGGUGCGCGGCUCGGUGCUCCUGGCCAAACCAAAGCUGAUUGAGCCACUCGACUAUGAAAAUGUCAUCGUCCAGAAGAAGACACAGAUCCUGAACGACUGUUUAAGGGAGAUGCUGCUCUUCCCUUAUGAUGACUUUCAGACGGCCAUCCUGAGACGACAGGGGCGGUACGUAUGUUCCACCAUCCCUGCCAACGCACAGCAGGAAGCUCAAAGCUUAUUUGUUACAGAGUGCAUCAAAACCUAUAAUUCUGACUGGCAUCUUGUGAACUACAAAUAUGAAGAUUACUCAGGAGAGUUUCGACAGCUUCCAAACAAAGUGGCCAAGUUGGAUAAACUUCCAGUUCAUGUCUAUGAAGUUGAUGAGGAGGUGGACAAAGAUGAGGAUGCUGCUUCCCUCGGCUCUCAGAAGGGUGGGGUCACCAAGCACGGAUGGCUGUACAAGGGCAACAUGAACAGUGCAAUAAGCGUGACCAUGAGGUCGUUUAAAAGACGAUUUUUCCACUUGAUUCAACUUGGUGAUGGGUCCUACAAUUUGAAUUUUUAUAAAGAUGAAAAGAUCUCCAAGGAACCAAAAGGAUCAAUAUUUCUGGAUUCCUGUAUGGGUGUGGUUCAGAACAACAAAGUCAGGCGUUUUGCUUUUGAGCUCAAGAUGCAGGACAAAAGUAGUUACCUUUUGGCAGCAGACAGUGAAGUGGAAAUGGAAGAGUGGAUCACAACUCUGAACAAGAUUCUCCAGCUCAACUUUGAAGCUGCAAUGCAAGAAAAGCGAAACGGAGACUCUCACGAAGAUGAUGAACAAAGCAAAAUAGAAGGUUCCGUUUCCGGUUUAGAUAGCUACCUGCCUGAACUUGCCAAGAGUAACAGAGAAGCAGAAAUCAAACUGAAAAGUGAAAGCAGAGUUAAACUUUUUUACUUGGACCCAGAUGCCCAGAAGCUUGACUUCUCGUCAGCUGAGCCAGAAGUGAAGCCAUUUGAAGAAAAGUUUGGAAAAAGAAUUCUUGUCAAGUGCAAUGACUUAUCUUUCAAUUUGCAAUGCUGUGUUGCUGAAAAUGAAGAAGGACCCACUACCAAUGUCGAGCCUUUCUUUGUUACUCUAUCCCUGUUUGACAUAAAAUACAACCGAAAGAUUUCUGCCGAUUUCCACGUGGACCUGAACCAUUUCUCAGUGAGGCAGAUGCUGGCCACCACACCCCCGUCUCUGAUGAACGGCGGGAGGCAGAGCUCGCCUGCCCUGCAGGACAUCCUUCACGAAGCCGCCAUGCAGUAUCCGAAGCAGGGAAUAUUUUCAGUCACGUGCCCUCAUCCUGAUAUAUUUCUUGUGGCUAGAAUUGAAAAAGUGCUUCAGGGGAGCAUCACACAUGGUGCUGAGCCAUACAUGAAAAGUUCAGACUCUUCUAAGGUUGCUCAGAAGGUGCUGAAGAAUGCCAAGCAGGCAUGCCAAAGACUAGGGCAGUACAGAAUGCCAUUUGCCUGGGCAGCAAGGACAUUGUUUAAGGAUGCAUCUGGAAACCUUGACAAAAAUGCCAGAUUUUCUGCUCUCUACAAGCAAGACAGCAAUAAGCUAUCCAAUGAAGACAUGCUCAAGUUGCUUGCAGACUUUCGGAAACCUGAGAAGAUGGCUAAACUCCCCGUGAUUUUGGGCAAUCUAGACAUUACAAUUGAUAAUGUUUCCUCAGACUUUCCUAAUUAUGUCAAUUCAUCAUACAUUCCUACGAAGCAGUUUGAAACCUGUACUAAAAUGCCAAUCACGUUUGAGGUAGAGGAAUUUGUGCCCUGCAUACCAAAACACACUCAGCCAUACACCAUCUACAACCACCACCUUUAUGUUUAUCCUAAGUCCUUGAAAUAUGACAGUCAAAAAUCUUUUGCCAAGGCCAGAAAUAUUGCUAUUUGCAUUGAAUUCAAAGAUUCAGAUGAGGAAGACUCUCAGCCUCUGAAGUGCAUUUAUGGCAGACCUGGUGGGCCAGUAUUCACAAGAAGCGCCUUUGCUGCAGUUUUACACCAUCACCAAAACCCAGAAUUUUAUGAUGAGAUUAAAAUAGAAUUGCCCACCCAGCUACAUGAAAAGCACCACUUGCUGUUCACAUUCUUCCAUGUCAGCUGUGAUAAUUCAAGCAAAGGAAGCACAAAGAAGAAGGAUGUUGUUGAAACACAAGUUGGAUAUUCCUGGCUUCCUCUCCUGAAAGAUGGAAGGGUGGUGACUAGCGAGCAGCACGUCCCUGUCUCAGCCAAUCUCCCAUCCGGCUACCUUGGCUACCAGGAGCUUGGGAUGGGCAGGCAUUAUGGUCCAGAAAUUAAAUGGGUAGAUGGAAGCAAGCCACUGCUGAAAGUUUCAACUCAUCUGGUUUCCACAGUGUAUACUCAGGAUCAGCACUUACAUAAUUUUUUCCAGUACUGUCAGAAAACCGAAUCCGGAGCCCAAGCCUUAGGGAGUGAACUUGUAAAAUACCUUAAGAGCCUGCACGCGAUGGAAGGUCACGUGAUGAUCGCCUUCUUGCCCACCAUCCUAAACCAGCUAUUCCGUGUCCUCACCCGAGCAACCCAGGAGGAAGUCGCCGUCAACGUGACACGGGUCAUUAUUCAUGUGGUUGCCCAGUGCCAUGAGGAAGGAUUGGAGAGCCACUUGAGGUCCUAUGUUAAGUAUGCUUACAAGGCUGAGCCGUAUAUUGCUUCCGAAUACAAGACGGUGCAUGAAGAGCUGACCAAAUCCAUGACCACAAUUCUCAAGCCUUCCGCCGAUUUCCUCACCAGCAACAAACUACUUAAGUAUUCCUGGUUUUUCUUUGAAGUUUUGAUCAAAUCCAUGGCUCAGCAUUUGAUAGAGAACUCCAAAGUUAAGUUAUUGCGAAACCAGAGAUUUCCUGCAUCCUGUCAUCAUGCAGUGGAAACUGUUGUGAAUAUGCUGAUGCCACACAUCACUCAGAAGUUUCGAGAUAACCCAGAGGCAUCUAAGAAUGCGAACCAUAGCCUGGCUGUGUUUAUCAAGAGAUGUUUCACCUUCAUGGAUAGGGGCUUUGUCUUUAAGCAGAUCAACAACUACAUCAGCUGCUUUGCUCCUGGAGAUCCUAAGACCCUCUUUGAAUACAAAUUUGAAUUUCUCCGUGUGGUAUGCAAUCAUGAACAUUAUAUUCCAUUGAAUUUACCAAUGCCAUUUGGAAAAGGCAGGAUUCAAAGAUAUCAAGCUUUUCUUUCACCAGCUGUGGAGUCAAAUGACACUCCUGUAGAUCUCCAGCUUGACUACGCAUUAACGGACGAGUUCUGCAGAAACCACUUCUUGGUGGGGCUGUUACUGAGGGAGGUGGGGACUGCCCUCCAGGAGUUCAGGGAGGUCCGGCUGAUUGCCAUCGGUGUGCUUAAGAACCUGCUGAUAAAGCAUUCUUUUGAUGACAGAUAUGCUUCCAGGAGCCAUCAAGCAAGGAUAGCCACUCUCUACCUGCCUCUGUUCGGUCUGCUGAUUGAGAAUGUCCAGCGGAUCAAUGUGAGAGAUGUGUCUCCAUUCCCCGUGAACCCUGGCAGUACUGUGAAGGAGGAGUCCCUUACUUUGCCAGCCAUGAACCCGAUAGUGACACCGCAGAAGUCUGGGAGCACGCUGGAUGCCAGUCUGCACAAGGACCUCUUUGGCGCCAUCUCUGGCAUUGCUUCUCCAUAUACAAACUCAACUCCAAACAUCAGUAGUGUGAGAAAUGCUGAUUCAAGAGGAUCCCUCAUAAGCACAGAUUCCGGGAACAGCCUUCCAGAAAGGAAUAGUGAGAAGAGCAAUUCCCUGGAUAAGAGGGAGAAGCUGCUCAGAAGGCACUCGGCUUGUGUCAUACGCGGAGCUGGAGAGGAGGAGAGCGGCCAGUCAGCCAGGAGACACCGGGUCACCAUGGACUUCUCGCUGCUAACGCUGCUGCCUCUGCCGGAGGAGGCCCCACAGGCGGCGCCCCUGCUCCCGCUGCAGGGAGGCCUGGGCUCUCCCAGCGGUGCUGAUGAACACCAGCAAAGUGGCACUUUGGGAAAUUCUGUUGUUCGCUGUGACAAACUUGACCAGUCUGAGAUUAAGAGCCUGCUGAUGUGUUUCCUCUACAUCUUAAAAAGCAUGUCUGAUGAUGCUUUGUUUACAUAUUGGAACAAGGCCUCAACAUCUGAACUUAUGGAUUUUUUUACAAUAUUGGAAGUCUGCUUGCACCAGUUCCAGUACAUGGGGAAGCGAUAUAUCGCCAGGAACCAGGAGGGGUUGGGACCCAUAGUUCAUGAUCGAAAAUCUCAGACAUUGCCUGUUUCCCGUAACAGAACAGGAAUGAUGCAUGCCAGAUUGCAGCAGCUGGGCAGCCUGGAUAACUCUCUCACUUUUAACCACAGCUAUGGCCACUCGGACGCAGAUGUUCUCCACCAGUCGUUACUUGAAGCCAAUAUUGCUACUGAGGUGUGCCUGACAGCUCUGGACACCCUCUCUCUAUUUACACUGGCAUUUAAGAACCAGCUCCUGGCUGACCAUGGACAUAAUCCCCUCAUGAAAAAGGUUUUUGACGUCUACCUGUGUUUUCUUCAAAAACAUCAGUCUGAAACGGCUUUAAAAAAUGUCUUCACUGCCUUCAGGUCAUUAAUCUAUAAGUUUCCCUCAACGUUCUAUGAGCGGAGAGCGGACAUGUGCGCAGCCCUGUGCUAUGAGAUCCUGAAAUGCUGCAACUCCAAGCUGAGCUCCAUCAGGACUGAGGCCUCCCAGCUGCUGUACUUCUUGAUGAGGAACAACUUCGACUAUACUGGCAAGAAGUCCUUUGUCCGGACGCAUCUGCAGGUCAUUAUUUCCGUCAGCCAACUGAUAGCAGACGUUGUUGGCAUUGGGGGAACCAGAUUCCAACAGUCCUUGUCUAUCAUCAACAACUGUGCCAACAGUGACAGGCUCAUCAAGCACACCACCUUCUCCUCGGACGUGAAGGACCUGACCAAAAGGAUCCGCACGGUUCUGAUGGCCACGGCCCAGAUGAAGGAGCACGAGAAUGACCCCGAGAUGCUGGUGGACCUCCAGUACAGCCUGGCCAAGUCCUACGCCAGCACCCCCGAGCUCCGGAAGACAUGGCUGGACAGCAUGGCCCGGAUCCAUGUCAAAAACGGGGACCUGUCCGAGGCAGCAAUGUGCUAUGUCCAUGUCACAGCCCUGGUGGCAGAAUAUCUCACACGGAAAGAAGCAGACCUAACCCUCCAGCUGGAGCCGUCCUUCCUCCCCUCCAGCCACAGCAUCUGCCAGAAGAGGCGCCGGGGAGGCAUGUUUAGACAAGGAUGCGCAGCUUUCAGGGUGAUUACCCCGAACAUAGAUGAGGAGGCCUCCAUGAUGGAAGACGUCGGCAUGCAGGACGUCCACUUCAACGAGGAUGUGCUCAUGGAGCUCCUGGAACAGUGUGCAGACGGACUCUGGAAGGCCGAGCGCUAUGAGCUGAUUGCCGACAUUUAUAAGCUCAUCAUCCCCAUCUACGAGAAGCGGAGGGAUUUUGAGAGGCUGGCCCAUCUGUAUGACACACUGCACCGAGCCUACAGCAAGGUGACCGAGGUCAUGCACUCGGGCCGAAGGCUUCUGGGGACGUACUUCCGAGUAGCCUUCUUCGGACAGGGAUUCUUUGAAGAUGAAGAUGGAAAGGAGUAUAUCUAUAAGGAACCCAAACUCACGCCUCUGUCAGAAAUUUCUCAGAGACUCCUUAAACUUUACUCAGAUAAAUUUGGUUCUGAAAACGUCAAAAUGAUACAAGAUUCUGGCAAGGUCAACCCUAAGGAUCUGGAUUCCAAGUAUGCGUAUAUCCAGGUGACUCAUGUGAUCCCAUUCUUUGAUGAGAAGGAAUUGCAAGAAAGAAAAACAGAGUUUGAAAGAUCUCACAACAUUCGCCGCUUCAUGUUUGAGAUGCCCUUCACCCAGACUGGGAAAAGACAGGGAGGCGUCGAGGAGCAGUGCAAACGGCGCACCAUACUGACAGCCAUACACUGCUUCCCUUACGUGAAGAAGCGGAUCCCCGUCAUGUACCAGCACCACACGGACCUGAACCCCAUCGAGGUGGCCAUUGACGAGAUGAGUAAGAAGGUGGCCGAGCUCCGGCAGCUGUGCUCCUCGGCCGAAGUGGACAUGAUCAAACUGCAGCUCAAACUCCAGGGCAGUGUGAGCGUCCAGGUCAAUGCUGGUCCACUAGCAUAUGCCCGAGCUUUCUUAGAUGACACAAACACAAAAAGAUAUCCUGACAAUAAAGUGAAGUUGCUUAAAGAAGUUUUCAGGCAAUUUGUGGAAGCUUGCGGUCAAGCCUUAGCGGUAAAUGAACGGCUGAUCAAAGAGGACCAGUUAGAGUAUCAGGAGGAAAUGAAGGCCAACUACAGGGAAAUGACAAAAGAGCUUUCUGAAAUCAUGCAUGAGCAGAUUUGCCCCCUGGAGGAGAAGACCAGCGUUUUGCCAAAUUCCCUUCACAUCUUCAACGCCAUCAGUGGGACUCCAACAAGCACGCUGGUUCACGGCAUGACCAGCUCGUCCUCCGUGGUGUGACUUCAUCUCGUGGACCGCGUGUUGGGACUUGCUUUGUCAUUUGCAGACUCAGGAUGACCUCCAAAGCUAAUCACUGGGCACGUGCGAGACACGGGGAGACCGGGCACAAGGAGCAGUCGAGGGGGCGCGAGAAGGGAAAGAAAGACCGUGUUAUUUCAUGGCGGAUGUUCUGGAGGAGUCAGAGGAGAGUACACAUACUGUUUCAAACCUUGCUGGCAAUAUUCAACAUUUUCAUUAUGUCUUAACAGAGGUAUGUGGUGGACACUCGUAAGCUGGAGUUAAAUUGUACUCUUCCUUACAGAGUAGUAUUAAAAAUAAACGGCCUGGAGAAAACAAGUAUUCUGGAAAGCACUGAAAUCGAGGCUGGGGUAACCUUUUGCCUCUAGGCUAAGCUGGAAAAUCUUGAAAAUAUUUUUUUUUUCCUGUGGCACAUUCAGGUUGAAUACAAGAACUAUUUUUGUGACUAGUUUUUGAUGACCUAAGGGAACCGACCAUUGUAAUUUUUGUACCAGUGAACCCGGAGGUUUAGUGCUUUUAUACUCAUUUACUUGCAUUUAAAAAAUAUGAAAGCUUAAGGAACUAUGUGAGCUUAAGACGAGUCAAGCCGUUUAGAACCAAAGGCCUGUAUUAAUAAACACAACUAUGCUAAACAUUUAAAGUAGUACAGUAUACUGUUAUGUACAUAGAGUUUGUUAAUACAGUCUUGGCAUUGUGUACAUACACGUAUGACAUUUCUACAUUUUUAAUACUCCCAUCAGCUUCCGCAUAAAGUUUAAUUGUGACAGAUUUGUGUUGUUCUUAGUAUACGCAAUACACUUGACUUUACUGUUUUAUUCUUGUACAUAAAAAAAGUGCAAUAUGGAGAUGUAUACAGUCUUUGCUAUGUUAGGUUUAUAAACUGUUUUAAAGAUUUCAUCCUUUUGCCAAAAUGGUGGAGUAUGUCAUUGGUAAAUCAUAAAUCCUGUGGUGAAUAGUGGUGUAAUGUAAAGCUUUCACCAUGUUAUAUUUUCUUUUCAGACAUUAAUUUAGUAAUUUUAUAUUUGGGAAAAAUAAAGGUUUUUAAUUUUAUUUAACUAGAAUCUCUGCCCUGCUGUAAUUAAACAUUCUGUACCACAGCUGUAUUAAAAAUAAUAUUGCUGAUUUUCCGGUAGUGAGUAUUGGGUAUUUAUUGUCUGACAGUCCUAAGAGGGGCAGGAUAUUGAAAUAUUUGGGGGUGAAAUGUGGUAAAAGAAAUUUGCUUUAAAAUACCUAAGGGGGAAAAAAAGAGGGUAGGUAGAUGACAAAUGUUGGUAAUUGUGGAAGCUGAGGCUGGGUACGUUUCUCUGCCUUUGUGUAAGUUUCCACGGUACAGAUUUCAAGAGGCAGGGCUAGGGGCCAGAUCUUCCAGGGGAUGUGGAUAAAUGCUUUGUGACACUGCAGUCUGGCUCUGAAUUCUACUGGUUGUUCCCAAGUAUACAUAGACAAGUUAAUACCUCUGCCUCUUCCUCUUCAACUCCACCGAGGUCUCCGUCUUUGCCGUCUCCCCGCUUGCUCUGAAGGCGAGUACUGUGGGGUAGGGCGGUCGUCCAUC